AUGUCAAUGCCGUCCUCCACGCAGGACGGUGCUCAGGCCAUGGCGUCGCCGACUACAACCGAAUAUACACAAUUCCUAGAGGUGCCCGAGGAUGAACUUGAAUCAACGCAAGGACCAUCCCCCAACACGCAGUUUCCCUCCAUUCUUGAUGCCAAAGAAGCCGUGGGCCGCCAGCUCGAUCGACGCCGCACCAAGGAAGAGCUUAUUCAGCGCAACAUCAUCCGAGAUCCUCCCAGCCCAGAGUCUGUCAACAAGCCGCGCUAUACCAAAGUGUCUGAGACGCUCCAAAAGGGUCUCUCCGCACGACCAACACCACAGUUCCUGGAAAAUGUUGGCAUUCUCAAAACGUCGGUGGCAUCAUCCGUGGCCCCUGCUAUUGCUGUUCGUCAGCAAUUUUUCCAGCGUCAGCAAAUUCAAAAUGUUUUGCAAGACCACCUUGAAGCGCGCCCAGGACCGCUCGAUUUGAUGUCGGCGAACAUUCUGCAUCCUCGAGAUCCAAUCCUGAACCUCCUCCAAGAAGAGCCCAUUCACAUGGAUGUGCUGGGACACGAUGCGCAAAGGCGUGCCGAGGCACCGCCGGCCCCACCGCUUCCGCCGCACUUUCACCACGCUGCAUCCUCUGGUGAAGCCUCUGAUGCCAGUCGCGCAGCCGCUUCCCAACGGCGCAGCUGGCAGGCCCGCAUGUAUCGCACCCCAUCUGGGGAUGUCAUUCCCAUUCAGACGCCACAGCGAGGUGCAGAUGGGGCCUCAGCCGCUGCACGACGCCCGGUGGCGACGCGACCAAGCUGGUCAUCUACCGGCGACGCAGAUCCUACUUUUCCCCUGACAUCCGAUGCCGGCCUGAGCUAUGCCGAUCACACCGGGCAGCCCUUUCAUCUGCAGUUUCAGUCUACCAGCGUGCCUUUGGAGGACGCGCCCCUCAGUUUUGUACCCUCUCACUCUUCAGCUGAAACCUCUUCAAACGGUCCCGCCGUCUCGCACGCGGCCAUCACCUCGAGUUCCGGACCCAGCUACCACCACCAUCACUCUCAGUUUUCUGUUCCAGAGGCACCGCCCAAAUCCUUGCACGGCCACCAACUCCCCGCUCUGCAUCCGUCAGAGCCGGAGAUGGAUACUGAGCUCGAUCUCGAACUGCCCUCACCAUCCUGGACGCAACCACCCCUCGUCGUGCAGUCCACGGCCGUGUUCAAUAAACGGCCAGAGCAUCCGCACAUUGUGCGCCAUGCCAUCGAACAACACGCCGAGAGUCGCUUGCUUGAGGGCAAAACUCAGGGCCUUUUGGAAGAAGAUGAGCAAAUUGCACAGGUUGCCGCCGCGCGCAUUCAGGUGAACAAUCAGCUUACAGCUGUACAACGGCGCUCUUCCUUACCCCAGCGCAACCUGCGUGAGCGGAUCUAUGCCCAGCAGCCCCAGCAGCAACGCGCUCUUUUGCACGAAGAGCUACGCGAAUUUCAGCAGGGAACUGCCCUCCCGCAACAGCACGUCAAGAAUCGACUCAAGGAGCACCGCAUCAAGGUGAAAAAGGGCAGUGGUAGUCGACCUCGCAAGGAGUUUAAGUUUUUUGAGAUCACGCCUGAGGACAUUAUGAGUAUGGGGACCGGCGCUGGUGCCGGACUCGUCGGCACCAUGCCAUUCUCUCACAAGGCAUCCACCAAUGCACUGCGCCAGCAAGAAUACUUUCUGCAGCUCCAGUCCAUGUACAACCAAGAUCAACAAGGCUCCCCUUUGCGACACCUGACGAGCACGCGGAGCUCACGUGCUCCCUCAGCUCAGGGUCGCGACUCACCCGCAGUCUCGGAGCGCGGGUCCUCGCUCUUGGCUUCGCCGCGCCGAAGCGGAGGUACCGGCCUCGAGUCGGCAGAGCUUGCGUCUACCCGCGACUCAAACCAAGCCGUCGGGUAUCACGGGCAUCAGAAUGUGCCUCAUCAUGGUGCGCCUGGACAUGCGCGCUCAAAGUCCUACUCCGGCAUGCCCUCUGGUUUUGGGCACGGCUUUGCUUUUCCCACAACCGCCAACUCGAGCCCUGAGAGGCGCGGUGGUGCCCCUCCAGAGCACUCACCCUCAAGCGGUCCCACUUCGAUGGCCGCAACACCCAUUUCCGAGUUUACAAUGGCUUCCCCGCCCACCUCGAGCACGGCUCCACCUACGGUGCCUACCUCCCUGGCCAAUGUUGAAUCGGCUUUCUCCUCGAGCGCUCAGGCGGAUGCUGCUGCCCCCCUCGUGCCUCAUGCGCCUGACGCUGAUGGUCGUGACGGCAAAAUCUCGAGUUCUGAAACAGCAUUUGAUCUCAGGGCCCUAUCUUCCGCUCAGGAUCAUGAUCUCAUGCCACUGGAUCUGGACAUGGGUCACGAAGAGCUGGGGUUUGAUGCAGAUUUGGAGGAAUUUGACUCACUGGGCCGUAUGGGCAUGCCCAUGACCCCCGAUGCAGCGGCGACACCCAUGCCCAUGGUCGGCACAACGGCGGAUCCAUCAGCCAAGCUGGGCGUUACCGACUACGAACUGCAUGAUCUUGGACUCUUUCUGAUUGAAGUUCCGGCCGGUGCCAGCUACGGAGUCGGACACGAGUUGGUCUUGGAUUUUCUGGGCACGGCCAAUGCAGACGCGCAUGGUCAGGAGCGCCCCGUGUACCGCUGUCGUGUACCGGCCCCCGGCACCUUGGUGCCUUCCCGUCAUCUUCCAGCGUAUACGUCGGUGGUGCAGGAGGAUGGGGGAUUGUCUCUUCCUACCGCUGCUACGCCUCUUGGCUCUAGCUCGAGCACCGAGCACUUUGGACUUGGGCACCAGGUGAGCGAUUUGGCGCAACAGCACAUUCGUCAAGGUGAGCAUCAGCACCAUUCCUAUCUUUAUGAAGAACAGCACCAGCAACAACAACAACAUCAGCAACAACAGCACCAGCACCAACAACAUCAACAACAUCAACAACAUCAACAACAUCAACAACAACAACAACAACAACAACAACAACAACAACAACAACAACAUCAACAACAUCAUCAACAACAGCAAUACCAUGCGCCACAGAUGCGUCAUCAUCGUGCCAUGUCUUGGGAUCCAGCUUUUAACAAGCGCUCGUCGGUCGAGCCCAUGUAUGACCCCGCAUCCAUUGGCCUGAGUAUGGACCCGCAUUCUUUUGCCUCAGGCCUCCAGACCGAGGACGGCAAAGACGGUUACCAUAUCCAUGCGGCGGCCUCCCACGAAGUGCAUCAGACAGAUGCCAUGGCCUUGGCAAAUUCUCCUUUCUCCUUUUAG